AAGCAAACCACGGGCCCAUCCCAUCCAUACUGAUAUGUUUCUUCCCCUCUCUCUCGAGUCAUCCAACAUUCCGCCAGUCAUCGACCCGCUCGCUCGCCCCUGCUGCUGCUGCCGCCGCCGACUGUAACAAACUGAUCAUUCCUCCAACGCCAUCGCAGCGUGCUUCCUCUCCGUCAUUUGCAUACCACCGAAAACCUUCAAACGCCACGCAAUUGUGACACACCCGCGCCCAUCCGCUGCGAUCCCGCAUCAUACAUCGUCGUCACUUUAUUCCGUGGUCAGUCAGUCAGUCAGUCAGUCUCAGCUCGACACCGCUCUGAGUGGACCUCCGACAUAGCCAUUACAGGAUCGACGCGUAAUACCGCAGUCGUAUUGCUCGACAUUGGCGUAUUCGAAUUUCCAACAUUACAGAGGACCUCGCAUUGGUUGGUCUAUCUGCUUGCUUGCAAGUCUCCUCUCGUCACUGGUCCGUCAUGUCUUCUCCGAUCGCCUCGAGCAGUACAGCAACUCACGCUCAACCCAUUCACGGGUUCGUCGGUCCAUUAUCGACGUUCCCAACUCGACCUCGUCGCGCUUCGUCCCCUUUCAGCGAUGCAUCUCCUGCCACCCCGAUAUCGGCAUGUGCCUUCAUUUUCGGAUCACACGAGCCGGCAAGAGCAGACGAAUUUGAAAGCUCGUUGACCAGUCCAUUGACUCCUCGGACGAGCUUCACUUCCGCUGGUAGUCUCACUAGGCACAAGUCAGGUUCAGAUAAGGGUUCAAGAAGGGCCUUGUUCUAUAUCGCGGAUGCGGAAGACAGAGAUGACGAUCAGGAGGAACACGAAGAGGAUGACGACGAAGAAGAGGAGGAGAUCAGUCACCGAUGGGGGGGAACCCAACAACCAAGUUCCAGAGCUGUGGCUGUGGCUGCAAGCUAUGGUCAGAGGCAGAUGUUCAAGGCAGUCACUCAAUCCGGUGACAGGACACACUCCCUCAAGGCUCUGCAAAGAAGACGCACACCUUUGUAUCCCCAAGAUGGACUCCGUCGACGUUUGAACGAAUCCGACGAGUCAUCCGCAUCCACCCACUCUCCUCUCCUUCUCCCCUUCUUUGGCCCAACAGAGACAGACUCAACCUCAUGCGGUCUCAAGCGACGACCUGCUAUUCGACGAAAACGAUCUCAAUCUUCAAUCUACGACUCCAUGUCUUUGUCUACCGAUUCUCCACUAUGGCCUCCAUCCGAGACUAGUCAUCUCGAAGGCCGGUGUACACCUGACGGAAUUCCAUUCUACUCUCUCCAGGCGCAUCCCCUCAGACCGAGAAAAGCAGCGACGAUCGACAUUCAUACCAUCUCCACUCGAUUAGGCAGUCCGGUCCUCGAUAGAGACUCUGAAUUCGCUCGUCAUCUGAUCGACGAACGACGCAUCACGACCAGUCCCUCGGAGGACGACUUGACGAGUGCUCAACGUCGAUCUAGACCAGCUAGCCUCACGAUCAUUUCGGAAGAAUCCGCCUCAUCCCCCAUCGGCUGGGUCAGGCGACUGAGCAAGAGGGGUCGUAAAGCCAAGAAGAUUGGGCUGGAUGGAGACGAAAAGCUCGGCGGGUGUGCCAACUCGACGCAGGCAGUCACAGGACACAAGAGACGGUUCUCUCUUCCUUCGUUGAGAUUUCACAGGUGAAGCGACGACUUCUAACGCAUACAAUCAAAUUGUCCGCCCGAUUUCACACGUCUAGUUGUUGUACAUAAUCAUUGGUCUUGCAUGCUACAUUUUUGGG